AUGUUUUCAAUUAAGUACCUUGUACAGUUUGUCUACUAUAUUAGUACAAUUAGUAUAUCAAUCGGACAGUUAGCAUUGCCACCUAAAGUCGAUAUACUGUACAGUGAGGAUGCCUACUAUGGUAAGGAUAGACUAAUCAGAUUGACAUGCGAUGCCCAAAAUGCCGGUCACGGUGACGAUAAUAUAAUUACCAUGAUCAAAUUCAAUGUCAACAACAAAACGGAUGAUCCGUUUUUUACGUUUGAUUUUGUCAAUAAUAAAGAAAAUGUAACAUUCACAAAUGUUAUGGGCAUUGAAAAUGAAAAAAGUAUCAAACUAGACCCGUUAACAUUUCGACCCGAUCAUAUUGACAUAAUUAUCCAACCCGGUAAUAUGACUGCAUUUGUUAACAAUACGUUCAAAUGUAGUGCCCGGGCAAAAAUACCCGGUGAUGUCUAUAUUGAUAGUAAACAAACUGUGACAGUGCCGUACGAUAUUGAACGUAUUGACGAAACAAUACAAUUGCCUAAAGAUGGUAACAAAUUUCUAGACCGUGACAAUAUAAAAAUAUCGUGUCAAUAUAAUCUAACUAGUUUGGAUAAAACUAGAAAACUAGAUGGAAUAUAUUUUUCAAUUAGUCAAUUAAAAAAUACCGAACCGCCACAAUUAGAUGAUGAUAAUGAUGAUGCUAAUGAUGCUAAUGCUGAUAAUGGUGAUAAUGAUGAACAAAAUUAUUAUGUUUAUCUAACAAAUGGAACAAAAACACAACUUAAAUCCGAUUAUUUUUACAAAGAUACAAUUAAAUUGGAUUCACAAUCGGAUAAUAAAAUUACCCUGGUUGCCUUGAAUGUUUCGAAAAUUUCUCAAGGUAAUUUUAAAUGUAAAUUGGCCCUGGUUGAUAUACAUAAUCAAUCGGAUAUUUUGUAG